CAAACGUGUUGUCAAAGUACUUUGUCAUCUAUCUCAACGCCCACGUCUCUGCUGCCAAACAAUCAACUACCGACAGACAACGGUCGCAAGCCAGUCAGCGCUCCAAACAAAUCGAUUGGAACCCCAAUACCGAAAACAAACAUGAACUGCAAGCCCUUGAUUUUGUGCACCUUUGUCACGGUUGCAGUGUGUCUGGUGCAUUUCGGAAAUGCAAUGCCCGCCAUAAAUCAUUAUACGCAUAAGAGAUUUGAUUCCAUGGGCGGCAUUGAUUUCAUUCAGGUGUGCCUGAAUAACUGCGUCCAGUGCAAAACCAUGCUGGGGGAUUACUUUCAGGGGCAGACCUGUGCCCUAUCCUGCCUCAAGUUCAAGGGCAAAGCCAUCCCGGACUGCGAGGAUAUAGCCUCUAUAGCGCCGUUUCUAAAUGCUCUCGAGUAGAGCGAUGAAGAAGCGCCUCUUGUGCGGUGUGCGGUGUGUGUGGCGAUGUGUGCUUUUAUGGCCUGUGACUCAGGUGUGGAUUUGGGUCAAUGCGAUGCUCAACACGAUGCUCAAGUCUUGGCGAUCUUGGCUGCUGAUGUCGACCACAACGAUGAUGAAAUUACUUUUGCUAAACAACUGACUUCCCAGCGCGAAACCAAAGAGUUCCUAUUAACUUGUAAUUGUGUAGUGAAUAAACAAAUAAUUUAAAGA